GCUCUGACUGUACUGCAUGCAUGUACUGUACAAAGUACAGUGUACACAUGUACACGUACACAAGACCCUCAUUAUCUCUAUAGCCCCUAUAAACAUUGUAGCCUCUGAUCUAACACUACACUUUAGCCGUCCUCUGGAUUGAUGUCUUCUGACCCCAAGAGAAAGCAAGCCAAGCCAUACAGUGGUCCUCAUGUCUCCAGUGACGUGACAUGUGUGGAGGUUCUCGGCUUUAUCCUGGACACACACAUACACUUGUCCGCCCCCUCACCUCACACAACAAAUGCCUCGGGAGGACGGAGGGAGCUAGUGUCCGCCCCCUCACCUCACACCCCGGGAGCACGGAGGGAGAUGGCGCUCAGUUCCCACCAACUACCACUCAACAAAGGGGAGGGGACAAGACAAACAUUUCAAGAGCUUUUAUCGUCUUGUGCAGCUGCUGAGAUUGAUGUGCUCGAGUAUGCAGUUGGUUGCUAUUCUCGUGCUUCCAGUCAUCCUAGGCCAUCAUGGGAUAAUGAGGUAUGGAGGGACAUCUCCGCUGUUGCCAUGGAUACUACUGCACUGCUGACACUACAGCAACUAGUGCAAGCUUCGUCCUCUCCUGGCUCUAAUGAUCUCUGGUCUGGUUUGUAUGGAGGGAGAACUGUCAAUAGGGUGUUGAGUGGCUUCCUAGAGCUGCUCUCUGGUUGGUCGGAGGGUGGACUGGAGGUGACACCAAGCAUGCUACACACUAUUGCAGUACAUGCACAGGCUGGACACAACAGACAUGCUCUAGUACAACUGGUCAAAGGUGGCGGACAGUUACUCAGACAAGUCACUAGAUUGGACGAACUCCUUGUGAAGGAAUCACGAACCCUGAGUGGCCUCGAUCGUCUCUUCUCAGAGCCGCUAGUGGCGGAAUUGUUGGCUGGGGAGUUGUUGGAUGAGAUUCAAUUCAAAUCAGGGGCAGAGUUUGAGAGCAGUUCUUUGUUUGGUGAUCUCCUCGGUGUAACCAUGGUGAUAGAUAAGCUACACACACAGUUACUAGUGGAUAAGAAAUAUAGUUGCUUCCUGGAACUACGUAACUAUCCCACCGUCAAUACUGGUGACAUCAUUUCCUGUCAUAGCCAGCUACAAGAUGCUCUGCAUAGAAUACACACAACCAUCCAAUCUGCUCUCCUUAAGAUGCUCAAAUCACCUCACAAGAAUAUAGUGCUUGGGUGGCUGGCGGCAGUUGUACAUCUCAACAUUCCUAGGGUGGGUCCAAGGUUCAGAGGUCAACAGGGUGGUGGGAUCCAAGGUGCCUGCUCUGAUGGUUGGAUGGUGAACUUUUGCUCCGUGUUGCUGGAGUUGUGUCGACCAUUUUUCAGUAGCAGUAGCUCUGGAUCCAAGUUGUCCCUCAUCCACUCCUCUUAUCCCAGCUCUCCGUUGUGCAGACUGCAGCUCAGUCAAGAGCCUUGCUUGGCAGGGGGACAUAUUGAGGGAGGCCAUUAUGUGGAGGGAUAUUUGUCAGGAGGUGGCUUCAAGUUUGUAACUGAGUUAUUUUUCCUGACACAAAGGGCUCUACAUGUUGGACUAUUACCUGCAGUCAACCAGUUCACUCAAACUUCCUCUCAACUUGCCAAACAAUUGCUGGCUACUAACAUGUCCUCUCCCCAUCUCAAGCAGCUCAACUCAUUGCACAUGCUGGCUGGGACCUGCUGCUUGCUGGACCCUCUGCUUGUACAGUAUUGCUCAGAGUUCUACAUCACCCAGGCAGUGUGGCUUACUAAGCUACUAGAGGACCAUUGUAUAGAGAAUGACCAGAAGAGCAUAUUGUCCACUCUACCAGAGCAUGCAGUCAAGGACAUGGCUCUGUGGCUCCAGUUCAUUGUGCUCAGUAGACCCACCUUGUUGCAGGGACUGCCAUUGACACCAUUUAUAGACUGUUGUGUGUGUCUAUUGGAGCGCCCUGACCUCCUACCUAGUCCAUUGGCUCAGAGUAGACUAGUGGGAGUACUUUUAGCCUGUCUCAACAGUGAUAGGAGGGCACCACAGAGACUGCUAGGCUCUGAAGGUUGGGGUGGUAUCCUUGCUGAAUUGUCUGUACUGGUGCAAGCUAGUCCAUCAGUGAGAGACAAGUUAGGCCCCGCUCUCCUCCACACCUACGCUGCAGUCAGUGUUGUGGAAGGACUAGAUGUGGACAAGGAGAGCUUUGACAAGUUUGCCACUAGGUACGAGGUGGCUCAGCUGCUACUAAGACUCUGGGCACGUGAUGAUGCUCGUGCUUCCAUUCUAACACAAUGCUCUUCCAAGAAGUUUACGGCAUUUCUUGGUGCAGUGUUAGACACACUCUUGUAUCAGCUUAGUGACGCUCUCUCCCGUCUGAGCAAUGUGCAUGGGUGUGAGGCUGCCAAAGAAGGAUGGAGUGCUUUGUCUGAGAGGGAACGCCGUGAGAAAGAAGUUUUCUUAACAGGAGAGCAACGUGCAGCGAAAGGAUUCAUGACACAAGCUAGUCUUCAACUAGACCUCCUGGCUCUAAUGACACUCAGUGAUGUUGUGGUAGAGUGUUUGUUAGACCCCCAGCUGGUCAGAAGGACCGCCCACACAGUGUUGGGGCUACUGGAGACAUUGUGUGGACCAGCAUCCUCAGAGCUCAAAGUGGCGGACAUGGAGAGCUACUCAUUCAAACCCAAGGCUCUUGUGUGUCAACUAUCCUCUGUCCUAGUACGAGGCUGGCAGAUUGCAAGGGGUCGGAGUUCACUCUUCCUACAGAGCAUAGUAGAGUAUCCGGAGUACAGUGCUUCUACCAUGAGCAAGUGUGUCGUUAUUCUCUCCACUGAGCAAGUGGCCUUAUCCACAGAAAUGGCUCAACUAUCUCAGCAGGUGGAGUCCCUUCAGUCUUCUGUGGAAUCAGCCUCUUUCAUUGACGGGGCUGCCCCUUCCAAUCAUGACUGGCAGAAUAUUGCUGACUCAUCAAUAAUUGACUCGAAUGGUUUGUGUGAACUGUACGUGAGUGCAUUGGAAGAGGUCAAGUAUGAAAGUGCCGAGCUGGUCGACUCUCAUCUACUAGCUGAUAAACUGCCGCCGACGCUUGACCCGAGGUCACCAAAGGUCAGAGCUAUACUCCGUGAUAUGAAACAACUACAAGAGUCCCUCCCACUUCAUCCUGACUCAGCAAUAUUUGUUAGACAAGAUGAAGAUCGUAUGGACCUAGUGCGUGUGCUUAUUACUGGCCCUACAGACACUCCAUACAGUCGAGGUUGCUUUGUGUUUGAUAUCCUCUACCCCAGCUCUUACCCCACACACCCUCCUCUGGUCUUCCUCACUACCACUGGAGGGGGUACUAUUAGGUUCAACCCUAACCUAUAUGCUGAUGGGAAGGUGUGUCUAAGUCUUCUGGGUACAUGGCAUGGAGGAGAUGCUUCUGAGAAGUGGGACCCCCUAAGAUCUAACCUACUCCAGGUACUGCUCUCCAUCCAAGGCAUGAUUCUCAUCUCAGACCCCAUGUUUAAUGAGCCUGGCUAUGAGACUAUUAGAGGCAGUCAGGAGGGACAUGAUCGGAGCAGACUCUACAAUGCUGACCUUCGUGUGCACACAGUGCGUUAUGCUAUGCUAGAGCAGUUGAGACAUCCUCCCAAAGGUUUUGAAGAUGUGAUUCAAGUGCACUUUGCCUUGCAGCAGGAGCCACUAUUAAAGCAGCUAUCUGAUUGGCUGAACCAUUGCAUAUCUCCAGAGCAGCAAAGGCGACUCAGGAAGGCAGUGGAUGAACUGAGGACACUGUUAGACUAACAAUUGCUCGAAACUCUCAUUUAUAUACAGUUUAGUUUUGUAUGACUCACAGUAUUGAAUUUUUCAUACAUGUAUACGUAGUUUUUGUACGUAAUUUUUUGUGCAAAACUUACCGUUUUGAAGUUGUAUAAUUGUUAUACUCAACAAA